UGCUGGGUGGAACUACGGUUGAUUGAUGGAAAGAAUAAAGUAGAUUGUUGGUUUUAAUUUAUUAAAAUAAAAAUAAUUUAGGUACAUAUGUAAGUUAAUUUAAAAAUAUAAAUAUAUUAAGUGAGUUUAAUGGGAAACUUGCAUACUAGAAACUCAGAACGCAGAAACGACAAGCAAUCAGUUCAUACAGCCCGCGACGGCCCAGCUUUUACGAGUCAGUUUAGUUUGUCCCAUUUCGUCGGUAACCUCAGCGGACGCUCCUUCGUUAGCAUAACUAGCAACCAUUCGGUGUACAGCGCAUCUCGGCCUUGGUCUCGCGUUUCCAGACGAAGGUGGCAUGAAUCUACAUUAAAUAGUCCAUUAGAAGCAAGUAAGACAGCUUGGCCAGUUGCACACAAAGAAUCAAUUUUUCUCCCAGAAUUCCCCAUAACAACAGAUCUCCUACAGAAAGACUUUGAAAUAGUUGAAACAAUAUCUAAGGGUGCAUUUGGUGAAGUUUUUAAAGUAAGGAAAAUUUCUGAAGAUAAAGAGUAUGCAUUAAAAGUGUUGAGCAAAUCGCAGUUAGUUCAUGAAAGGGCAGUUGGACAAGUCAAAGAAGAGACAAGGAUCCAGACAGUUGUCGGUCACCACAGUUUCAUAGCUGGAGCUGUUGCACACUGGCAAACUAAGAAAAGGUUAUAUAUAGAAUACAUUCCCGGCGGAGAGCUGCUAGCUUUACUAGAUAAGUGUGGAAAGUUACCAGAGGAGAUUGUUAAAGUUUUUGUUGCUGAAAUUGCCAUAGCUUUAGAUUUUUUGCAUAAUGCCGGCAUAAUAUAUCGAGAUUUGAAGCCAGAGAACAUUCUUUUGGACAACGAUUACAACAUCAAGUUGAUAGACUUUGGCUUGUCGAAGUGGUUGUCCGUAGGGUCGAGGACCACUACGCUCUGUGGCACACUUAAAUAUAUGGCUCCAGAAAUCCUGCAAAGGGAACCAUAUGGACAUGCCGUAGAUUGGUGGUCUCUCGGCGUGUUAACGUGCAGAAUGCUAACGGGAGAAUUUUCAGUACCAGCUAUUGCCCAGAAGGAUGGUAAUAAUGAAACUACUGACUCUAUUGAGGCGCAACGGAGUAUAUCCACCGAACCUGUAGUACCAGGUGCUUUACCAAAAAAUGCUGAUCACAUAUCAAAAUCAGCGCGCGCAUUGCUGCUAAGACUACUGGAGCGAAAUCCUCGGUAUCGCCUAAAAUCCUUGAAACAACUGAAAGAAUCUGCCUUUUAUAUGGGUUUUAACUUAGAAGACGUGAAAAAGAUACGCCCAAAAUGUUUGUUAGAGCAAUAUACUCAGAGCAAUCUUAUUAAUAAUAAAUCUGUUAUUGUUGACUUUGAAAACUUUGAACAACAACUGAAUAUGACAUUUUCAAACCCAACAAUGAAAUAA